UUGAAUCGUAUAACAAGUGGUACUGCAACAAGGCUGGAUUUUUCAUACUUGGUCAAUAUUCUGAAUUCAGAGAUUAAGCCACUUGGAUUUACACCUCUUCAAAAACAAAAAGAUAGAUUGAAAAUACAAUUGUGA